AUGGCUGCUCAGAGCAAUCGCAGGUACAACCGUUUUGAUACGAUAGUUAUCGGAGCAGGAAUCCAGGGAUCUUACACAGCCUAUCACCUCUGUAAAAAUAACAAGACACUGUUAAUAGAUCAGUUUACCUUGCCACAUUCCCGUGGAAGUUCUCAUGGGCAAACUCGAAUUAUUCGGAAAAGCUAUUUCAAAGCUUACUACACACAGAUGAUGACUGAGUGUUACCAGCUCUGGAAGCAACUGGAAACUGAAGCUAAUGUUGAACUAUUCAGACAAACAGGUCUUUUGGUUCUAGGCAAAGAAGGGAACCCAGAAUUUCAAACUAUGAAGUCGACAUUGGUUGAAAAUAAGAUCCCGAUGGAGAGUUUGACAUAUGAAGAAUUUUCAAGGAGAUUUCCACUUGUAAACCUUCCAGAGGAAGAAUCUGCUGUUCUUGACAAAUCCGCUGGAAUCUUGUAUGCUGAUCGAGCUUUAAAGACCCUUCAGGAUUUGUUCCAGAGGCUUGGAGGGACCAUUUGCGAUGGUGAAGAAGUUGUUGAUAUACAUCCUGGAUCUCUGGUUACCGUGACAACCACUGCAGGAAUUUACAGAGCAAAAAGUCUGGUGAUUACUGCUGGACCUUGGACAAAUAAACUAUUGAACCACCUGGGACUCCAACUUCCUCUGAAGACGCUGAGAAUCGUUGUUUGUUACUGGAAGGAAAAAGUCCCUGGAACUUAUGGAAUUCAUAAGGGCUUUCCUUGCUUUAUAAGAAUUUCUGACUCAGUUCAACAUCAUAUCUAUGGACUUCCUUCUAAUGAAUAUCCAGGACUUAUGAAGGUCUGCUACCACAGUGGCAGUGAUGUUGACCCAGAUGAACGUGAUAUAAUAUUUCAACAGCCUUUGGAGGACGUAAACCUUCUGAGCAACUUCUUGUUUAAAGAGUUUCCUGGUUUGGACCCAAGGCCUGCUAUUGUUGAAUACUGCAUGUAUACAGUUACCCCAGAUCAGGAUUUCAUUCUGGAUCGUCAUCCAGAGCACAGGAACAUCGUCAUUGGAGCUGGAUUCUCAGGUCAUGGUUUCAAGCUUGCCCCAGUGGUUGGAAAAAUCCUCUGUGAACUUAGCACUGGGAAGAAACCAUCCUAUGAUCUUUCUCCUUUCAAAAUGCUUCGCUUCCAGCUAAAUUUAAAAUCAUUGCUGUAGGGCAACAGUGCCAAGAAAUGAAGAUUUGAAUAAUACUUUACAAUAAGAAAAAGUGACAUCUAAAUUAUUUGGCCACCGAAAAUGAUAAUACAAAGAACAGGUUUUGUUGAGGGGCAGAAGGUCUAUACAAUUCCUUUCAACGUCUUGAGAGGACAGGAAACCCUGCAGCUAGCUGGAUUAAAAUGGCUGGAAUUUAACCCAAAUUCUGAAGAAGAUAACUGAGAGCUGGUCAUGUCAUAAUCGUUUACGGGCAUUUUAUUGUUUGACGGAA